AUGGAACAUUUUCUUGCUUUGCUGUGUCUCCUGGGAGCUUUUCUACAUGCCUUGGCUCAAUGCACUGCCCCAGCCUCAGAGUUUCAGCUGGAAGGAGAAUAUGUGAUAGGUGGACUUUUUGAUAUUCAUCAUAGUGCCGCUGUUUAUCAUGACAGACCAGAAGCAAUUCACUGCUCCAGUCAACCCUUCCUUCUCCCAAAUUAUCGAAUGUUUCAGUUGAUGAGAUUCUCUGUGGAGGAAAUCAAUAAUUCUAACAACCUCCUGCCAAAUGUAUCUCUCGGCUAUGAGAUAUUUGAUCAUUGCUCAUCUACACAGAAUUUUCCAAAUAUCUUCAAACUCAUGUCAGUCAACGGCUUGAUCCAACCUUGGGGUGAACCACACAAGCAACAAGCACAGUCCAAUGUGUCCAAAGUGAUGGCAGUGGUCGGUCCUUUUACAAGCACUCAGGCCCUGACUGCCGCCCCACUGUUAAUGAUGGAUCUCAUUCCUAUGGUCAGUUAUGGAUCUUCUAGUUCUGUCUUGUCAAAGAAAAACAUAUUUCCAUCUCUCCUACGAACAGUGCAUGCCAAUAAAGACGUCAUAAAUGUUAUUGUUGACAUUGUUCAGCACUUCAACUGGCGCUGGGUUGCGUUUCUUAACAGUGAUGAUGAUUAUGGCAUUGAUGGACUGGAGUUGUUCAUGAAGAAGAUUAAAGACACUGAGAUUUGCCUGGCAUACAGUAAAGACCUCAGUGACAAUACAAAUUACUCCCUAAUGUUCAGACAGAUAGAGGCACAGAGGAUAGGUAUCAUUAUUGUUUUUGCUCAAAAAAUGGCUGCUGAAUCUCUCAUUGAGUCAGCAAUACAACUAAAUGUCACCAAGAAGGUGUGGAUAGCAGGGGAUGCAUGGUCCUUAAACAAGAAGCUCCCCAAGAAGAAAGGAAUCAAAAAUAUUGGGACUGUACUUGGAGUGUCUCAGCCAGUAGUGACAAUACCUGGUUUCAAUGAUUUUAUCUAUUCUUCCAAAAGCCAGAGCUAUUGUGAAAAUGCAGAACAAGAUAUGUUGUGUAAUCAGGUUUGCAACUGCAGCAGCUUGAGUGCAGAAGAUGUCAUCACUGCAGACCCAUCUUUCUCUUUCUCUGUUUAUUCUGCUGUGUAUGCCAUCGCCCAUGCCUUACACAACACCUUGCAACGUGUAACUGGCAGAUGCAAUGAAAAUAUCACAGUGUACCCACACAUGGUUCUAGCAGAGCUGAAGAAGUCAAACUUCACACUUUUA